AACAUUUUGCAGAAGAACAAUUUGACGUCAAAGAAGGUCCCAAUGAACUAUGACAACUAUGAGAAGAAUAUUGUCGAAGUCUACGCAGUUGCAAUCAACAGGUGGACUUACGAGAAGAGUGUGUGCAACCCUGGGAAAAUCGGUCGUCAAGAACACCUUAUCAAAUUAUUGGAUGCACUGGUCAAGGGCGAGUGCUCCUGGGUUGUGCUGAGUGAAGAUGAA